AACAAUGGAGGCCAGCAGGAAGCUCACUGGCAGACAAAGGCAAGUCCUUUUUUUCUUUUUCCUAUUAGGAUUAUGUCUGGCGAGUGCAGGGGAACUGAAGCGCUAUUCUGUGGAGGAGGAAAGGGAGGGUAGGUCCUUUGUAACCAAUUUAGUAAAUGACCUAGGUCUUGGGCAGAUGGAGUUCUCCAGACGAGGGGCUAAGGUCAUUUCUAAAGGGAACAAACUACAUUUGCAGCUGGAUCGGGAGACAGGAGAUUUGCUCUUAACUGAGAAAGUGGACCGGGAGGAACUGUGUGGGCACACGGAGCCAUGCCUGCUACGUUUCCAAGUGUUGCUAGACAAUCCCUUAGAGAUUUUUCAAGCUGAGCUAGAAGUAAGAGACAUAAAUGACCAUUCUCCAGCAUUCAUGGACAAAGAAAUCUUGCUAAAGAUAUCAGAAAGCAGUCUUCCUGGGACUAUAUUUCCUCUGAAGAACGCUCAAGACAUAGAUGUAGGUCAAAAUGGUAUUGAUAACUACCAUAUCAGUUCCAAUUCCUAUUUUCAUGUGCUCACUCGAAAACGCAGCGAUGGCAAGAAAUAUCCUGAGCUGGUUCUAGACAGAGCUCUGGAUAGAGAGGAGGAAGCUGAGCUCAAGUUAAUCCUCACAGCUCAGGAUGGCGGCUCGCCACCUAGGUCUGGCACCACUGAGGUCCACAUUGAAGUCCUGGACUUCAAUGACAAUGCUCCCCAGUUUGAACAGCUUUCUUACAGGGUACAGAUCCCAGAGGAUAGUCCAAUAGGCUUUCUGGUCGUCACCGUUUCCGCUAUGGAUAAGGACAUAGGAGUCAAUGGGGAGAUCUCCUAUUCCCUUUUCCAGGCCUCAGAUGACAUCAGCAAAACCUUUUCAAUCCACCCCUUGACUGGGGAAGUGCGGCUGAGAGAGCAACUCGAUUUUGAAAAGACUCAGUUCUAUGAAGUCAAUGUUGAGGCCAGGGACGCUGGAACCGUUUCUGGAAAAUGCACGAUUCUGACCCAAGUCAUAGAUGUGAAUGACCAUGCUCCAGAGAUUAUCCUGUCUGCAAUUACCAACCCCAUCCCUGAGAAUUUGCCAGAAACUAUGGUGGCAGUGUUUAGUGUAUCUGAUCUAGAUUCAGGAGAAAACGGCAAAACAAGUUGUUCCAUUCAGGAAGAUCUACCUUUCUUCCUAAAGCCUUCUGGAGAAAACUUUUACACACUAUUAACACAGAACGCACUUGACAGAGAGACUACGGCAGAAUACAACAUCACCAUAAGUGUUGCAGACAUGGGGAGUCCCAUACUGAGAACACAAGUCAAUAUAACAGUGCAGGUCUCAGACAUCAACGACAACGCCCCCGCCUUCACUCAAACCUCCUACACACUCUUUGUCCAAGAGAACAACAGCCCCGCCCUGCACAUAGGCACCAUCAGCGCCACAGACUCAGACUCAGGCUCCAAUGCUCACAUCACCUACUCGCUGCUGCCCACUCACGACCCGCAGCUGGAUCUCGCCUCGCUCAUCUCCAUCAAUGCCGACAAUGGACAGCUGUUCGCCCUCAGGGCGCUGGACUACGAGGCCCUGAAGACCUUUGAGUUUCAUGUGGGCGCCACAGACCAAGGCUCGCCCGCACUCAGCAGCCAGGCGCUGGUGCGCGUGCUGGUGCUGGAUGCCAACGACAAUGCGCCCUUCGUGCUCUACCCGCUGCAGAACGCCUCUGCGCCCUACACAGAGCUGCUGCCCAGGGCUGCAGAGCCAGGCUAUCUGGUCACCAAGGUGGUGGCCGUGGAUCACGACUCUGGCCAGAAUGCCUGGCUGUCGUUCCAGCUGCUCAAGGCCACGGAGCCGGGACUGUUCAACGUGUGGGCUCACAAUGGCGAGGUGCGCACCUCCAGGCUGCUGAGUGAGCGCGCUGCGCCCAAGCACAGGCUGCUGCUGCUGGUCAAGGACAAUGGCGAUCCUCCGCGGUCUGCCAGUGUUACUUUGCACGUGCUGGUGGUGGAUGGCUUCUCUCAGCCCUACCUGCCUCUGCCAGAGGUGGCGCGCGACCCCACACAGGAGGAAGACGUGCUCACGCUGUACCUGGUCAUAGCCUUGGCAUCUGUGUCUUCACUCUUCCUGUUGUCUGUGCUGCUGUUUGUGGGGGUGAGGCUGUGCAGGAGAGCCAGGGCGUCCUCUCUGGGUGGCUGCUCUGUGCCUGAAGGACACUUUCCUGCCCACCUGGUGGAUGUCAGCGGGGCGGGGACCCUGUCCCAGAGCUACCAGUAUGAGGUGUGUCUGACAGGGGACUCUGGAACUGGUGAGUUCAAAUUCCUGAAACCAAUUUUACCUAAUUUCCAAGACCAUCCUCUUGGACCAGAAAUGGGUGAAAAUUCCAACUGUAGAAACGACUGGGGUUUCGGCAUUCAGUUAAAAUAGCUUUUUUU